UUGAAUAACAGAGGAAAACCCCCAUAUUUAAGGUUGUCUAGUUUCUUUGUACGGACCAAACUUGAUAAGAGAGCUUAUUCGGCCGCAUAAAGCAGUAUGGUGCUUACAGAUUUCAAUGGAGCUGGCGUCGGAAUUGGUUUCGGCAUCGGUUGUGGUUUCGGAGUUGGCUGGGGUUUCGGAGGCAUGCCUCUGAACAUAUUGGGCCUCGGUGCAGGUGGAGGCUGUGGGAUUGGAUUAGGCCUUGGAUGGGGCUUUGGCACUGCCUUUGGCAGUCAGUAUCGAUCAUCAAGGGUCAUGUUUCAGGGUAUGGAAUUCAGUAAAAAGGAUCAAAGUGAUGAUGCAUUCAAAGAUUUAUCACAAAUCACCCCCCAGGUUGCUCUGCACAAAUCAAAGAAAGAUUGCUGGUUGGUCAUCAAUGGCAGAGUUUUGGACGUGACGAGGUUCAUGGAGGAGCAUCCAGGAGGAGAAGAGGUGCUGAUAGAGGCGGCAGGGAAGGAUGCCAGCAAGGACUUUGAGGUUAUUGGACACAGCAAGGCAGCUCAAAAGUUGUUCCUAAAAUACCAAGUGGGUGUACUGGAAGGAUGCACAGUCCAAGACGGAGAGUCCAAAGAAGUUGGGUACAAGGAAGCCAAAAGCAAGGAGAUGAGUGCUUUCGUGAUCAAGGACGACAUCACACCAAACUAUGCAGCUGUUCUUGAGUUCUUCGUACCCUUCUUGGUUGCUGGUUCCUAUUUCUGUUACAGAUGCCUCACCAGAGCAGCCCAGAUCACAAUUUAGAUCAUCAUCUUGUCUAAUUUGUUAAACCACUAUAUAUCCAUUGUGAUCAUCUGUAUGUUGUGGGGUUUGUUAUCAGUGAUCUAUAUUGGCAGAA